AUGGCUUCUCCAAAUCCAUCGCACGAGCUUCCUUCUCGUCCCAAGGACCUCGCUGAAGCUCCAGAAUCGACUCAGAAAUCUCAACAAGUCCCAGAGGUCAAGGAAGAUGCGCCUGAGGAUGUUUCCGGUGUCCGGUUCUCUUCCGCCGUCGAGGAGAUCUCCCCCACACAACCCGUUACUGUAGAGCCGUCGUCAUCGAACUUGGAACAAGAAGACAGAGAUCAAUCGAGCCCUUUCACAGAGGUCACUGCCGACCAACUCAAAGCAUUCACCAAGUCACUUCAUGGACGACCUCUGCAAGAAUUGCGCCUGAACAACUGCCAGUUUGAAGCAUUCUCGCUCCCAGCUUCCCGAGUCCCAUCAAACGAAGAUGAAUCUGGUCAGUCUACGAGACUGCCCACACCCACAUCCGCCAGCUUUCAAUCCCCACACAGCAGCCCUCAAAUCUCAUCAUUGGCGUCCCCUCCCCUUACUCCCGCUGGAUCCGGUCAGGCUAGGGAAGGAUCGAAACCGAGCGACCCUCCGAUUAUCACCCCACAACCAUCGUCAUCCCACGAAAAGGCCUCGCCAGCUCCCGACAGGAGACCCUCGGCUCAACGAGCUGCCUCGGAUCAUGCGGUUCGUAGGGCAUCGUCAGCUGAAGAGCAGCACCAGCCUCAUCGGCGAGGCAUGUUUGGAGGCGGAGCUGGUUCGGUGCCUGCUUCCCGAGAGUCUAGUCCUUCUCGCAGCUCAGCAUCCCACUUCUAUUCCAAACCGUUUACCCCUGGCGGCGAUAAAAACGACCCCUACGCCAAAGGCCGACGACCAGCGCCAGCAGCACACACUACAAAGAACUCGAUCGACCCUCGAUUCAUUUUCUCUCGCAAGAAGAAGCAUAGCUCCCCUCAUGGGUCAAAGGCAAAUCUCAAUGAGAAGCGUGGAUCUUCAAUCUUUGGAGGCAGUGCCAGAAAUAGUAGUGAAGAACUGUCGCACAAUGAUAGUGCCACCACCGGCAGCCUUCAUCCUGGACAAGGCUCUAUGGCAGAUUUGAAGAGGUUCUUCCGAAAAGGUGGACACCAUAACAAGAAGAGGGAAUCGUCCCCGGCGCCAUCUAUCAAGAGCUCCAAGGCACCCUCAACUACCACCAAGUCGACUCAGCAGCUGCCUUUUGGAGAUGACCAUGGCCUGUCUUCCAAGUAUGGAAAGCUCGGCAAAUUCUUGGGGUCCGGAGCUGGUGGCUCGGUUAGACUGAUGAAGCGCAAGGACGAUGGCACUGUAUUUGCUGUGAAGGAGUUCCGUGCGAGACACACCUACGAAACCGAAAAGGAGUACAACAAGAAAGUGACUGCUGAGUUUUGUGUUGGGUCGACUCUUCACCAUGGCAACAUCAUCGAAACAUUGGACAUCUUGCAAGAAAAGGGACGGUGGUAUGAAGUGAUGGAAUACGCGCCGUUUGAUCUCUUUGCGAUUGUUAUGACCGGCAAGAUGUCACGAGAAGAGAUAACAUGCUGCUUCCUUCAGAUUCUCAACGGUGUGACCUAUCUGCACAGCGUGGGCCUUGCGCAUCGAGAUCUGAAGCUGGACAAUGUGGUCGUGAGCAGUAAGGGUAUCAUGAAAAUCAUUGACUUUGGUAGCGCUCAUGUCUUCAAAUAUCCUUUUGAAACUGGCACAGUACCAGCCAAGGGUAUUGUCGGUUCCGAUCCUUACCUCGCCCCUGAGGUCUACGACGCCAAGGAGUAUGAUGCUGUUGCUGUAGACAUCUGGUCUUUGGCCAUUAUCUUUUGUUGCAUGACUUUACGCCGUUUUCCUUGGAAGGUGCCACGAAUGACAGACAAUUCGUUCAAGCUGUUCGCAGCGGAUCCCACGCCCGGACACGAUCCCAGAAAGUUAAUUGCGCCCUCAAAGUCGACAAAUGAUUUGACCAGCACACCUGCCCGAGACUUCUUGUCUGAGGAUGAGACAAAGAAGCAGUCCCAUCAGGAGCGCAAGCUGGAAGGAACCUCGGAACAGGCGAGCUCCGCAAAUGAUUCCAAGGCACCUGCUUCAGGAGAAAAGAAAGAAGUUAUUCGAGGACCUUGGCGCAUUCUGCGCUUGCUACCCAGAGAGAGCAGACACAUCAUUAGCAGAAUGCUUGACCUCGACCCCAAGAAACGAGCCAGUAUGGAAGAGAUCCUCCAAGAGCCAUGGGUGGCUGAUACUGUGAUCUGUCAGCAAUUUGAUCAUGGCGAGGUGGUCCCCGCCGAAGACCACACGCACAUUUUAGAACCACCAGCCAAUCAACAACCGGAGAAGAAGUGA